AAUGUGUAUGUUUAUCUCCAGAUGGUUGAUUUCCGCUGUGGUGCUAAUGAUUUCAGCAUUUUAAUGAAAGAAAAGCUUGAUUCUGCUGGAAAGAAAUGCAAUUUCAAGAACUAUGAUAUCAUACAACCGAAGAAUGAUUUCAAUUUUGAAAGAAGAGACUGGAUGACUGAAUUGCCAACUGGAUCAAAAUUGAUCAUGGGUCUCAACCCCCCUUUUGGUGUUAAAGCAGCUCUUGCCAAUAAGUUCAUAGAUCAUGCACUAAAGUUCAAGCCGAAGCUGGUUAUUCUUAUAGUUCCGAAGGAGACUGAAAGACUUGAUAAGAAACAAAGUAAAUAUGAUUUAAUAUGGGAAGAUAGUCAGAGUCUCUCAGGCAAGUCAUUCUACUUGCCCGGCUCUGUCGAUGUGAAUGAUAAUCAAUUGGAACAAUGGAAUUUGAGUCCACCUCCAUUGAAUCUGUGGAGCCGUGACGAUUGGACAGUGAAGCACAAAAGAAUAGCUGCACGCCAGGGACACAUAGUCGAAGACCAGGGGCCUCCAUUCAGAAAAGGAAUUUUAUCAGAGAAGCCAGUAGAUAGUCUUCCAGCAGAGGACCAUACGGAAGCUGAAAUUUUGGUGAAGGAUGCCACUUUAGAAGAGAAAAAAGCUAGAGAUGAAAACCAUAAAAGCUCUGAUGGUACCAAGAGAAAGAUCUCUCCCGGACAUGCAAGCACUAUUUCUCGUAAAAGGAGAAGAAAGAAAAAGGGUCAGGCGCAGGAAGAGAGGAAGAACGAUGUUGAGUUAUCAGACAUGAGCAUCUUGCCCGAUCAGAAUAGAAAUACACCAAGUCAUCUUCCGUUGGAACCAUCAUCUGUAGCUCCACAGGAAAGAGACUCACAUUUAACUACUGGAGUAGAGUUUUCUUUUAAAGCGGGAGGUGGCCCUGCGUCGUCAGUGAUGGAUCGGUAUGCUCCACAUCUUGAUAUGACAAAGUAUGCAAGGCCCAUUAGUGAGGUCCCGUUCGGCCAGUUUCCUGGGAGAAGUGAUCCAUAUGACUACAACAUCCAUGGAGCAAGGAGGGACCAAGCUAACUUCCCUCGAUUUCCAUCUGGACCACAUUCAUCUUCCUCCAGUCGAGGCAAUUCUUGUGGUUGGAUAGACUAAUCACAGAAGUUUUAACAGAUGCUGUUCGU